AUGAUGUUUGUUAAUAAUCCAGUUUACACUUCUACCACUGCCAACAACCAGGCUAAUAAUACAACCACAACCACAGCUACAGCCACAGCCACAACCAGCAAUCAAACAACUAAUACGAUUGCUACAGCAUCUGGUGCUCCAGUCAAUACGGCUAAUGCUUCUACUAGUACUAAUGCCACUAACAAUGUCCCUUCUAGUCAAAAUAUUCUUAUAAGCACUUUAAUGAAUAAUGCUAAUACUAACGCUAAUGCUAACACUUCUACAACCAAUAUGUCUCCACCUGGUAUAGCCCCAACUACUACUGUUCCAAAUCAAACUAAUCCUGAAACAAAAUCGCAUAACAUCAACGCUAACACUAACACCAACACCAACAACAACAAUAACAACAAUAGUACUAAUAACGCUAAUAACAAUACACCUUUUGUGCAUGCUUUGGAAGAUCCAAAUAUUUAUCACUGGAUCUGCCAAUUAACAUACGGCCCCCAAAAAGAACAAGCUCUCUUAGAACUAGGUCGUAAGAGAGAACAAUUUGACGAUCUAGCAAUUGUAUUAUGGUCUUCGUUUGGUGUAAUGACUUCCUUACUAUCUGAGAUUAUAUCCGUUUAUCCAAUGCUACAACCAAAUUUACUUUCGAAUCAAUUAUCUAAUCGUGUUUGUAACGCUUUGGUACUUCUACAAUGUGUGGCUUCACACCCAGAGACCAAACAUUCCUUUUUACAAGCGCACAUCCCAUUAUUUUUGUUUCCCUUUCUAAACACAACUUCAAGACAAAGAACCUUUGAAUAUUUAAGAUUGACUUCCCUUGGUGUAAUUGGUGCACUAGUAAAAAAUGAUUCACAAGAUGUCAUCAGUUUCUUGUUAAGAACAGAUAUUGUUCCCCUUUGUCUAAGAAUCAUGGAAUCGUCAUCUGAAUUGUCUAAAACUGUAGCUAUCUUCAUAUUACAAAAAAUUUUAUUGGCAGAUAUUGGAUUGCAGUACGUCUGUGCUACAUUGGAGAGAUUUUAUGCUGUCACUAACGUCUUAAAAGAUAUGGUAGAACAUUUAACUGUCCAUACACCACCGGGUAGGUUAUUGAAACAUAUCAUCAGAUGUUAUUUGAGGUUAAGUGAUGAUCUGGAGGCUCGUAGAUUAUUGAAGGUCGUAUUACCACAAAAAUUAAGAGAUAAUACAUUCACAGAGGUUUUAAAAGAUGAUGUUGGGUCGAAAAGAUGCUUAGCUCAAUUACUACUAACUCUGAAUGAAGAUAUUCAACCACAACCACAGCCACAAUUACAACAACAUGGUAUACCACCACAACCGAUGCAACAUCAAUCCCAACUACAAAUACCUCUACCGCAACCACAACAACCUCAACCCCAAAUGACACAAUAA